AUGACUACAGACGGUGCCGUUCGUCCGCCGCAUGGUGGGCGGGUAUCCGAUGCGCCCGAGAUCAAGCAACAGGCUGAGUUGAAGCCUUCGCACGCCUUUCUGUUCCCUCUCGGCUAUAAAGACGCUGCGUAUCAGUGGUGGACGAGUCUCGCGCCGCAGGCCGUUGAGCGCAAUCUUCUAAGUCUAAUGCCGCAUCUGAGAGAAGCAAACGACAGCAUUACCAACAUCGACACCCCCGAACGACCAGACCCCUACGGCACGCGAGUAUGGCGACGAUCAAUGGUCGAACUUUCCGGCAAGAACCGCUCUUUAAACGAAGUUACGGUUGAGCGAGUUGGAGAAGAGACCGACGAUGCCCUUGUUAUGAUCCACGGAUAUGGCGCCGGAUUAGGAUUCUUCUACAAGAACUUCGAGCCUAUUUCACGCAUGAAGGGCCUCAAGAUCUAUGCGCUAGAUAUGCUGGGUUGUGGUAACUCUUCGCGACCGGCUUUCAAGAUCCAUGCCAAGAAGAAGGAGGAUCAGGUUAUUGAAGCUGAGGGCUGGUUCGUCGACGCGCUAGAAGAAUGGCGAAAGGCCAGAAAGCUUGAGCAAUUCACACUUCUCGGUCACUCGCUCGGAGGUUACCUCGCAGUCUCUUACGCUCUCAAGUAUCCUGGCCGCCUCAAAAAGCUCAUUCUGGCUUCACCUGUCGGUAUUCCAGCUGAUCCCUACGCCGUCAACGCCUCCAUGCCCGAGCCCAACACAUCGACUAUUGAGAACGAGAUCAUCCAGGACCAGCAGAGCACCACCGAACAAUCCGGAACUAUGUCCAAACACAAACCAGCCUCCAAUGUGCUACGACGACCUCUACCCGGCUGGUUCGUCUGGCUAUGGGACCAGAACAUCUCCCCCUUCAGCAUCGUCCGCAUGAGCGGUCCUCUCGGCCCACGAUUCGUCUCCGGCUGGAGUUUCCGCCGCUUCAACCAUCUCCCACCCGCCGAGUCCCAGGCUCUCCACGACUACUCCUUCUCCAUCUUUAAGCAAAAAGGCAGCGGCGAAUAUGCCCUAGCCUACAUCCUCGCCCCCGGCGCAUACGCCCGCCGACCGGUCAUCAACCGCAUCCAAGAAGUCGGCCGCCAAACGAUCGCCCAACCCGACGGAACAGCCAUCAAAGAAACCGGUCUGCCGGUAGUUUUCAUGUACGGAGAGAACGACUGGAUGGACGUCGCCGGCGGCAUGGCCUCGCAAGAGAAGCUCAAAGAAGCGAAGCAAAAGGCCCUUGAACACGCCACGGAGGAAGAAAGGAAGAGAGAAAACGGCAGCGCAAAGGUCCUCCUCGUUCCCAAGGCCGGACAUCAUCUCUACCUCGAUAACCCCGAGGUAUUCAACGACAUGAUUCGCAAGGAGCUCGAGGAGACGAGAGAAAACGAACAAAGAAACCGUUAG